CCUCGCGCGAUCUCGCGUUCUCAUUUCUACUUUUAGUAGAAAAACCCACAGCAAAGCACCCCACGACAAGGCACUCACGGCAAUAUAAUGUUUGCGUACGAAUUUCGAUCACUCGCGGCGGAAAUUGUGCGACCGUAAAAAUAAGUUCGCUGAAUAAACAUUCGCGAUAUCGGGCAUCAACAGUCAAAGCUAUAAUUUCUAAAUUCCGCGAAAAGAUCCAUGUGCUCGCAGCAUGGCUAUUAUGCAGUCCUGUUGCUGUUGGCAGUCCGUACGUCGAGGCAGCUACGCCUGUGCCGUUUACACUACAAUAUAUUUCUCACUGCUAGCAUUGACUACUGGCACGGUUCUUCGAGAAGAAAGUCAAUAUCUAAAAGGAGAUGUUUCCUUGCCAGAGUCGUCCAGUUUUCUAGAAUCAGGCACCAUAUCACCGACGACGGUUCAGUUCAACGGAAUGCUGCUUGUCUGCUCCUGUUGCGGCGUACUGUGCAGCCUUCUUCUUUUGUACGGCUUGUACAAGGAUCGGAAGAUGUUGCUAAUUCCAUGGAUCAUCGUAGUGAUCACGUGCGGUGUCAUCGAUAUAGCGCAUUCCGUGUAUUUGUUCAUCAUGACUCCCGCCUUCACUCCGCCGUUACUUAUGCUCUACACGCUAAAUUUCUUCCUACUUUGUUUAAACACAUAUUCGCUAUUAUGUGUCAUCUCGCAAUAUCAAGAAUAUUUAGCUGGACGUGGUACUGCUGCACACGACUAUGAAUACAGGUACCCUUUGAAGGUUCCAGUAGUAAGAUACGUAACACAGCCAGCAACUACGACCGCCACCACGUCGUGUUUAAGCUCACGAAGAGGUGCGACCAACAAUGAAACAAAAGCCACACCGACCCAGAGUCCCACGACGUGUCACAAUCCUCUUUUAUUGGAGAAAAACCCUAGCGGAGAACGCCGAUUAUCGAGAAAGCAUGUCCAGUUUCCAGAUGAUUCGUCACCGAGUCAGACGCAAAAGCCAGAGGUGACUAUAACAGAAGUUCCAACGACGUGUUCGCCGAAAAUUGAGCGUAAUAAUACAAGGACUCGGUUGCAACCCAAUGAUGCCAUAACAAUCGUGGCCAGCCAGUCCUCGCCGUCAAGUGAGGAAGAGCAUAUUCAUUACUCUCAAUAAAUAAUAUGGACACAAUUAUACGCAAUUGUUAAUAGUUUCAAAAUAUAUGUGAUUGCUAUAUGCACAUCCGUGAAGGACGUGUUGUCAAUGUGUAAAUACAUGAGUACAAUGAGUGUUUUAUAAAGAAAAGCUAUACAAAUUAAUUUAUUUAUCCUUCUCCAAUUUCACAAUAAUGUAUAAAUUUGAUUAUGUAGAUUGUUACAAAACAAGUUUGAUAAAAUGAGAUUGAAACGAAAAACUUAUUAAUAAAUGCGAAAAUGUUAUUUUACAAGAUAAAAUAUAAAGCAAAAAGAAAAAAAUAUAUAAA